AUGGAUCUAUCCAUCACUCGGCAAAUGGUAAUGGACCAAGCACAUCACAAGGAAAUCAUCGUAGCAAUGGCAGCCCUAGGAGAAGAAUUCUCGAUGAUAGCUGCGACCAGAGACGGAGAGCUCAAUAACAAAACCUACGAAAAGUGGUCCAAGCAACAGAUUGCAAAGACCCAAUUCCAAGCGCUAGAACAAGCACUCACGGCCACCUACGUCGGACUACAACAAGGAAUGGAGACGCCAAACCAACAACUGGCAAAGCUCAACAUGAUCCGAUACGAAGGAGGCACGAUGAUGUACGACAGCGUGGCUACUUUAUUCGGCAGAAUCUAG